UUCACCUACGAGGAAUAUGGAAGACCUCGCCAUCAAUACGUCUCAUAAAACUAAUGGCGGUUACGGCCAACCGAAAGGGCCAAUGGAUGAAUUGGAAAUCGAACUAUCGAAGAUCAUAGGACUGGACGAGGUGAAGGCGCAUCUCCGGAAAUUGGGCAAGGGCAUGCUCUUGGACAAGAACCGCCGCGCCAUGGGAGUAAACCUCAGCCACAAAAACCUCCCACACAUGGCAUUUCUGGGAAACCCCGGCACGGGCAAGACCACAGUUGCAAGAAUCCUAUGUAAACUGCUCUCUUCUGUAGGGGUUCUGUUUCGCGCCAAUGUAUUCCAGGUUGAACCAACGGAUUUGGUCAGCAAAUAUUACGAUGAAACCAGGCAAAAGACUGUAAAAAAGAUUCAAGAUACAAGGGGUAAGAUCUUGUUCAUAGAUGACGCACACUGCCUAUCCCCUUCAGACACUUCAGGAAGCUACAUUACAUACGGGGAGGAAGCUUUGGAUGAGAUCAUGUCAGCGGUCGAGGAAGGCAGAGUCCUUGUGAUCUUCGCUGGCUGCACGAAGCCUAUGAAGGAUGCUUUCUCUUUGAACAAAGGGUUCUGCGAACGGGUGGAGCACUUCUUCCAGUUCGAUGACUAUAGCUGCAGGGAGCUUGCGGAGAUGCUGAUGUUGAAGGUGAGCAAGCCGGACGAGAGGAGCAGGCUGUUCGGGUUUAAGCUCGGUUCUUGCUGCAGUGUUGAUGCUGUUGCUUCGCUUAUAGAGAGGAAGACGAGCGAGAAAAUGAGGAGCAAGAUGAACGGGCGUUUGGUGGAUCAUAUGCUGAACAAUGGUAGGGAUCAUCUUGAUUCGAGGCUCGGUUCUGAGGCCAAGGGCGAUGAGCUUUUGACCAUCACGUUGGCGGAUUUGGAGGCCGGCCUUGAUCAGUUGGUGCGGCGGUUGAACGUCGGUUAGGGAGACGAGGCCGUGUUGGAAAAUCGAAUUGAAAUAAAUGUUGAAAAGGAACAACUUGAAUAACUCAAGAGACUACUACAUUGCACUUGCUUCAUUGAUUCAAGAAUGUUUAUUGCUAUCUA